AUCAGUCGAAGUCACUUCCAAGGAAGGAGCCCCCAUGGCGCAGGCACAGUGACAGGGCAAAGAGCUCGCAGAUUUGCAUGAUUAUGGCAAUGCACAAGCAUACCGCUGGGACUGGAGGCUGAAACAGCGGAAUGUAGGUUCUAAAAAUCUGGUGGGCUUCGAGAAGGUGACUAAGAUAACUCUAGGGUGCUGGGGCCUCCCCUCAUCUGUCUGACCUCGUCCUGAUUUGUCGAAGUGUCAGCGUUGAAAUGGCCACUUCCACUCUGUGCAGAUUACAAGGGCUGGAGAGAACACUUUCACCUGCCGUUAAUGGACCGACUGUGGAUCCCAGAGGCUCUGUCUUGCCCCUAACAAAUGCAAUUCAAUUGAGGAGAAGUCCGUGGGGAGGCUUGCCGGUUCUGUCACCGGCACGUCACUUACAGAGAUCCAGAAAGUCCAGCAAGAAGGGCCAGCUAAUUUGCAGAGCGGAGAGCGGGGAAAACAAUGCUCCCAAGCAAAGCACUCUUGAACACAUCCCAAAGGCUCCAUUCUACAAAGUUGAAGCAGUCAUUCGCUCGUGGCGGCUGCAAGGUGUGACGGAGGCGUUGCUGGCUGAGGGCAUUCGGGGGCUGACGGUCUUGGAAGUGAAGGGGUUUGGCGCACAGAGGGGAUCACUGGAGCGUCAGGCAGGCUCAGAGUUCCUGGACUCCGCUUUUCUUCAGAAAACCAAGAUUGAGAUCGUUGUGGUUGCGGAUCAGGUUGACCCCGUGAUCGAUACAAUCAUAGAUGCUGCAAAGACGGAAGAAAUUGGGGAUGGGAAAAUCUUUGUUUCACCCGUAUACGAAGUGAUCCGAGUCAGGACAGGUGAAAGGGGCGUUGAUGCGGAACGAAUGGCAGGCGGUCGCUCAGACCUUCUCAACCUUGGCCAAAAGGAUUAAGUGUUGCCUCAAUAAUCGACCUGCUUUGUGAACUGCUUCUCGGCAGAAAAAGGACGUGAUGAAACACACAGUUUAAAUGAGCCGAUGUCUGAUGAGUUCAUGCUCGACAAAGCCUACCUUGCGACCUCGUGGAACUUCAUGAGCGGGUUCAUGUCAGUCGAGCUUGAUAAGAGCCCCG